AGCCGGCGGGACUAUCCGAAGGCUUGCGGCAGGACAUCCGAACGAAUGAAAAUGAAGACGUUAGGAAUCAUACCCCGAGGCUUAAAAGAAAGCACCAUGCGACCACCUUACUUUUAUCAACAACUCUAGAAUGAUUAGAACGAUCAGAACGCGUCAGGCUUUACACAAGUCGGCGAGAGGCUUUGCCUCUCAUGCCAAAGUCCCGCUGAGUCGACUUGAAUCUCAAACCAUCAAUUUGAGCAAGUUCCCCUCAAGUGUCAAGGCACUCCGAGAUCGGCUCAAUCGCCCUUUGACGUACUCUGAAAAAGUGCUGUAUAGCCAUCUCGACAACAGCUUUGAUGAGCGCAUUGAGCGCGGGGUCUCACAGCUGAAGCUGCGCCCUUUGCGUAUUGCUUGUCAAGAUGCGACUGCACAAAUGGCACUGAUUCAGUUCAUGUCUGCUGGUAUGGAAUCAGCUGCAGUGCCAACAACAGUCCAUUGCGACCAUUUGAUUGUUAGCCGAGAUGGAGAAGCCGAGGACCUUCCUAGAGCACUGGAGGCUCAUCGCGAGGUCUAUGAAUUUAUGGAAAGCGCCUGUCAGAAAUAUAACAUGGGAUUCUGGAAACCCGGAGCUGGAAUUAUCCAUCAAAUUGUGCUCGAAAAUUAUGCUUUUCCCAGUGGAAUGAUGAUUGGAACGGACUCGCACACCCCCAAUGCCGGAGGCCUGGCGAUGAUUGCCAUCGGUGUUGGUGGUGCUGAUGCUGUUGAUGUUAUGGCAGGACUGCCUCUAGAGCUGAAAGCACCGAAGGUCUUAGGUGUACGUCUGACAGGAGAGCUCUCACGAUGGGCUUCGCCGAAGGAUAUUAUUAAUGCAGUUGCCGGAACAAUCUCGGUCAAGGGUGGUACCGGUUCGAUUAUUGAAUAUUUUGGACCUGGCGCGAAGAGUCUUUCGGCAACCGGAAUGGCUACUGUCUGCAAUAUGGGUGCGGAAACAGGCGCCACAACUUCUAUUUUCCCUUAUGCGCCCCAGAUGGCUGAGUAUCUGCGGUCAAAUCACCGGCACGAGAUGGCUACGGCUAUUGAGAAUAUUUCCCCAGAGCUGCAAGCUGAUGCAGGUGCGGAAUAUGACCGUGUGAUUGAGAUUGACUUGUCGACUCUGGAGCCACGUAUCAACGGGCCUUUCACUCCUGAUCUUUCCACCCCGUUAUCACAGUUCGGCGAUGCUACUAAGGAGAACAAGUGGCCCGAAAAGUUGACCGCUGGUUUGAUUGGUUCAUGCACGAACUCUUCCUUUGAAGAUAUGGGGCGCGCUGCUAGCCUUGCUCAGCAGGCGUUAGAUGCUGGACUGAAACCCAAGAUGCCGCUUUUGGUGUCCCCGGGUAGCCUUCAAACCCGUGCGACAUUGCAAGAAGCUGGGAUUUUGCCAGUAUUUGAGAAGCUUGGAGCUACUAUGCUUCCAAAUGCCUGCGGUCCGUGUUGUGGAUCUUGGGACAGAGUCGAUAUGCCCAAGGGCACCCCUAAUUCCAUCAUCACCUCAUACAACCGAAAUUUCUCCGGUCGCCUAGAUUCUAACCCAGCCACUAAUGUUUUCUUGGCUUCACCUGAGGUCGUCAUGGCUAAGGUCUUCUCUGAGGAUCUAGCGUUUGACCCCAGCGUCGAUGCAUUGGCUACCCCUUCCGGUGGAGAGUUCCGAUUCCAACCCCCGACUGGAGAUACCCUUCCGCAGAAUGGAUACAUGAACUCGGAUAUUGCAUACAAAGCCCCCCCGGCUGACCGAAGCAAUGUCGAGAUCAAGAUCAACCCGUUAUCCGAGAGACUACAGCGGUUGGCUCCGUUCGAGCCCUGGUCGGGUGACGACUUUGAGGAUUGUGUCAUCUUGAUCAAGACCAAAGGAAAAUGCACAACGGAUCAUAUUACCCCCGCUGGCCCUUGGUUUCGGUACCGCGGACAUCUCGAGAACAUCUCUAACAAUACGUUGAUUGGCGCUGUGAACGCCGAAACCGACAAGGUCAACACCGUCCGUAACCAGCUCACCCAUGAAGUUAGUGAUGUUCCUGGUACUGCACGGCACUAUAAGGCGCAUGGCCAACCGUGGGUUGUGAUUGCUGACCACAAUUACGGCGAGGGCUCGUCGCGAGAACACGCAGCCUUGCAGCCUCGCUACCUUGGUGGCAAGGCAAUUAUUGCCAAGUCAUUCGCUCGAAUCCAUGAGUCGAAUUUGAAAAAGCAAGGGAUGCUUGCGUUGACUUUCGCGAAUGAAGCGGACUACGAUCGGAUCUGUGCCUCGGAUCGACUCAGCAUCCGGGGCCUAUCUGGUCUAGCCCCAGGCAAAUGUCUGAAACUUUCGGUGAACGGAGAGUGGGAGGCUGAGCUGAAUCACACAUUCACUCCAGAACAGAUUGAGUACUUCAAGGCGGGAAGUGCAUUGAAUAUGAUGGCGAAACAGUAAAAAUAUAUUAUGUUGACCGCGGGUUCCCGCUCUGGCCCAGCGCCUACGCGCGCCUUUGUUGGAUAGUCACGUAGCUAAGGCCUCACAAGUAGAACAAUCAACGAUUUCAACCACCUUGAGAGUUUAUGAUAUUAUA